AAAGCGCUUAGGGUUUAUUGAAGAGCGCGAGGGAGGGAGGUAUGGACGCGGCGAUGGAUCUUAUACGACGAAUGCCGCCGGCGGAGGUGGAAAUGGCGCUGGCGUCGCUGCUCGUCCUCCUGCCGGACCAUUCCGCCGAUCUUCUCUCCAAAGUCGAUCAGCCACUCCAGGAAGCGUGGGAUGAUGAAUCUGGGCGACAGUAUCUCUUGUGCGACUAUAAUCGAGACGGGGAUUCUUACAGGUCUCCUUGGUCUAACAAAUACGAUCCUCCUCUCGAAGAUGGAGCAAUGCCCUCGGAGAAGCUCCGUGAGCUGGAAGUGGAAGCAAACGAAGUUUUUGCGAUCUAUCGUGACCAGUACUAUGAAGGUGGCACUUCAUCAGUGUAUAUGUGGGAAACCGAGGAAAAUGGUGGCUUUGCGGCUUGUUUUCUUGUGAAGAAAGAUGGCUCGCGAAAGGGAGAAGGACGUCGAGGACUCUUAGAUCACGGGCUGUGGGAUGCUAUUCACAUUAUUGAGGUGUCUGAAGAGGAAGGAGAAGCCCACUACUGUCUUACAAGCACAGUGAUGCUUUCUUUCACAACGAAAGACGAUCCAUCUAUGUCUUUUGGUCUAUCUGGCUCUAUCGUUCGACAGAUGGAGGCUGAUUUUCCCUCGACAGAAGGCCACCUUGGAAACAUGGGUAGAAUGAUCGAGGAUAUGGAAAGCAAACUGAGAAACGGCUUGGACCAGGUGUACUUCGGGAAAACGAAAGAAGUUGUUUUUACAAUGCGAGAACCUUUGGAAAUCCUGACAGCAACAUCGGCCACUGGCCAGAGCUUGCAACAAGCUGUUGUAGGCGACAUAGUUCGCAGACGCUCGGUUCAUUGACGUACCUCGUUCUUAUCCACGGAGCUCAACUGGACUGGACUGUUUCAGGACAGUGAUAUAUCACAGGCUAUAGGUGACAAUGCGGAAUAUUACAAGAGGAGGAGGU